GAGAUCUCCGGCCAGGCGGGGCAUUGUUUGAGUCGACAACACUCAGACAUCGCUGCAGUGCAGUGACACCUUCCGUGUCUCUGUCAGGCAAUCCUUCCUAGGCUAGACCAUGAAGCAUGAAAGCAGCUGAACAGACCGACAGAUGGGAAACUUUGGGUUGGGAAGUACAUACCUACGUAAGGUACCUCUUGCGGCGACAAACGCGGCAAGCGCCCGGGCUUUCGGGUCUACCCUGCUGCAGGCGGACCGGCACCGGAACGGCGACAUGAACAACAACGACAGCAUUGGCAUUCAUGAUCAUGAUCUUACCGCACCCUGUCCUCCACUUGGAAGAAGAAUCACAGAACGUCAAGCUCACGUCCACGAAAGCCCUGUGCCUUACAGACAGUGCCCGAGGUCAACGCUAGAUAGUAUCGGGGCUAGACAGGAGUCUAAACGGACGGCUUCUUCGAUCCGAGUGGACAAGGGGGAAACCUCAGGAGGAGGAGUCAGGAACACCUCCGUAGGUUGGGUGGACCCCCGAGCACCCGGGCCCGGCCCUGCCCGCCUUCCAGGAAUCCCGCCUAGCUCCACGUGUCGCCAAAGUGGGUCGGGGCUCCUCCUUCUCCGGGCUCCUGGGCAUGGAACUGGGUCACUGGACUUCGCCUUCACAGACCGCAAACCCACUCGACCACGGCCGGACAAGGGACACUUCACCACCUCAACUUUGUUGCGCAGGCACCACACGCUAGAAGCAUAUUGGAUACCAAACUUCAUCACGAUGCAUUCCGGCGAUUGGGUCGACCGUGAGCUGCCAGCGAUCGAGACCAAUCAGGCCGACCAGCCAGCCACCGGCCUAGGGACCCGACCGGCCUGUUGUUAUCGUUGUCUUGAAACCCCUCCUUUAUUUUCUUUCUUUCUGGUCUUGCUGUUGUUCCGUCACUUCAUUGUACUAUACAGGAACCCAUCGAGAGGGAAAAAGCAACGAAGUCGGUCACCACAUCAGAAAAAAGGCAACUUUUUGCCUUGCCAUCCACCGGCCAUCUCCUUGACCGCCUCUUACUACAACGCACUUUACACAACCCACGGCUCCAUAACACUUCAUCAUAUUAUGCUGAAGUAAAAGUCCCUUUUGUGUACACAAUGCCAUUUCCAUUUCCCAGGUACCAUCUACAACCUGAAAAGGGGGCUUAUGUGACAUCACCAUCCUAUCAUACACACCGUCCACGACAUCGUAUACGGAGUUUUCUUACCAGAGCCCCAUCAGAUCCUUGCGCAACUUCCUCACUUCAAAGAACUACCGAGUCCAUUAUCGAUACCCCUACCGCCUUGCACACCCUCUUUCAUGAGGAUACUGUAAAAAU